AUGGCCUUGCUGCCAAGUGGCCCCGGCGUGCGACCGCCGCAGGUGCCCCAAGUGCCGGUGCCCCGCCUUGCCAGGGCUCCGAGCCGCUUGCGCGAAGGCCUGUGUGCAGUAUCUGUGAUGGGUGCUGGCGUAUGGACAAGUGCUCGAAGAGGCUCAAAGAGGCCAGGGUCCGCAAAAACUGCCAAAAGGGCCAAGGGCGGCUGGCCGGGGUCUUUCGUCGUGUCUGGAGAUGCUUCCGAGCUGCUCCAGAAGGUUCAGUGGCCUGCUGAGUGGCCCUACAGCGAGGCAGACUUUGCCCGCCAAGAUGAGUCGUCCGACAAUGGGUUCUACUCGCAGCCCAGGAUCUGCACGCAUACGGAUGACAACUUCAUUGCAACAUUGACAAAACAUUAUGCAGAUGUUUUUCCUUUGUAUCCUAACGCGCGAAUUCUUGAUAUCUGCUCCAGUUGGAUCAGUCAUUAUCCUACAGAGAAGACGUGGUCACACGUCUCCAUCACUGGAAUGAAUGAAUACGAGCUUGCGCAAAACAAGCAGGCGGACGACUAUAGCGUCCGGGACCUGAAUGAGAAUCCUAGUCUAGCUUAUGAUGACUCGUCAUUCGAUAUUGUCACCUGUACGGUGUCGUUUGACUACUUGAACAAGCCGUUGGAGGUCAUGAAGGAAGUGGGCCGCGUCUUGAAGCCAGGCGGCAUGGUCAUCCUGUCGACCAGCAAUCGCUGCUUUCCCACCAAGGCAGUGAACAUAUGGCUCCAGACCGGUGACUUAGAGCAUGUGCUCAUUUAUGGCAGCUACAUGCAUUAUGCAGGUGCUUUUGAGCCUCCCGAGGCAUUGGACUUGUCGGGUCCUCUUUGCCGCCUGGGAUUUCAAGACCCUGUGUUCGUGAUUCGAGCAAAGAAAAAGGCCUGA